AUGCGUGACCUCACAGCAAUAGCAGCUGUGCUGUUCCUCCUUCCUGGUAGCUUUGCUCUGCAGAAACAUCUACAGGGAAAUGAUUGUUGCAACGUCCUCAGAGAGGCUGGAGUCGGAAACAUCUUCCUUCCUCAGAGCAAGAACUACACGGAAAGAGUACACUCAUACUGGUCACUCACCUCACAACUCGAGCCGAACUGCUUCGUCCUACCAGGUAACGCCGAGGAAGUCUCUACCAUCGUCAAGACCCUAGUCGAGAAGACAAAAUGCGAGUUUGCAGUACGGAGUGGAGGACACUCAUCCAAUGCUGGCUAUAACAACAUUUUGAACGGAGUCACUAUUGACCUGAGCAGAAUCAAUUCCACAACCUACAAUAACGCCACGCAGAUAGCGUCAGUUGGCCCAGGUGCAAGAUGGCUUGGUGUGUACCGCACAAUGGACGCACUUGACAGAGGCAUCCAAGGAGGUGCCAUUGGUACAGUCGGUGUCGGAGGACUCCUCUUGGGAGGUGGUUUCGCCAACUACGCCUAUCAGCGUGGUCUUGCUACUGACGACAUCGUCAACUUCGAAGUCGUCCUCGCCAACGGAAGCAUCGUCCAAGCCAACGCUACACACAACCAGGACCUCUGGAGGACACUAAAGGGUGGCGGCAGCGGGUUCGGUAUCGUGACCCGUUACGACAUGUACACCUUCGAGCGACCUCUGAUGUGGAGCUCCUACCGAGAGUUCUCUGCCAGCGAAGAGCUUGACGAGGCACACAUUCGAGGCCUGAAACACUGGACUGACAAUGAAGAGGCGUACAAGAGCGGUGCCGCGUACGUUUGGUGGACGUACCGGCCAGCUGACAAUGACACGAUUCUCAUUGCCAUGGUCGGCGACACAUCCGGCCAGGCGAACCCACCAGCUGCUCAAGAGUUCCUCAACAUCAGCGGCGCUAAGACCGAGAGUGGCGGCUUGACGAACAUGUCCCAAGAAGCUCUGGCCACGCAGGCGGAAGGAUACCGCAACAUCUGGUGGACCCUCACCCUCAAGAACGAAGAACACGCAAUCCGCAAAGCCGUCCACCUCCACCACCAACUCGUAUCCGAAAUGCUGCGCGACUCCGUCAACCUCGACUUCGAAACCCAAGCCUACUUCCAACCCCUCCCCAUCAUCAUGGCCCAGCGCGCCGCCGAGAAAGGCGGCAAUACCCUAGGCCUCGACCGCAUCGGAAACAACUCCGUCAUCCUCCUUGCGUCCCUCGCCGUCAACGGUGUUGAUCAGGAAGCCCUGGGCAGGCAGAAGAUGUAUGCGUGGUUGAGAGCGUUGGAGCAGUAUACGGAGGCUACGGGGACGAUGGUGGAGUAUAAGUAUAUGAAUUAUGCGGAUGCGACACAGGAUGUGUUGAAGAGUUAUGGGAGGGAAAAUGUGAAGAGGAUGCAGCGGGUGUCGAGCAAGUAUGAUCCGGAAGGGGUGUUUCAGACGAGGGCGCCGGGCGGGUUUAAGUUGCCUUGGGGGUUUGAGUAG